AUGGUAGAAAGUAAACUUUACGCCAAAUUAUUGUUAAACGAAUCUGGGCUUAGCGCAGAACGAGGAUGGUUACUAAAGCCAUGCCAACCUUUAUCAGGUAAAUUGGUUGAAUUUCUUUAUUUGUAA